AUGUCAAAUAUUCGUCGAUCUCAAAGAAUAAGGCAAAAAUCAUCUACUACUGGGGAGGAGGAUGAUAGCAAUUACUCAGCCAAUUUGAUUGAGGCGGAUGAACAAACUGGCCUCACUAGUGAUGAGGAUGAAAGUUCGGAGGAGGAUGAGGAUAUACAGGAUGAAGACUAUGAGGAAAAGACAACUAAUUCAUCCAAGAGAAAGGCAAACUCUAGGGCAGGAUCGAGUCAGAAUGCAAAUAAGAGGCAGCGGAGAUCAGUUGAACUAACCAGCAAUAACAGAAGGGCGUCAAAGAAGGCGCAAGAACAUUAUACAAAUGCGCUCGAAGAAUUCACUCCAACAGAGCUAUUCGAAAUCUUGGCAGACUCGGAAGAUAUUUCUGUUGAAGAGUUAGCAAAUAAAUGGCUAGACACGUAUUCGGAAAGCAGGGAUAAGGCAAUGCAAGAUUUCAUUAACUUCAUCCUCAAUUGUUGUGGUGCUUUAGUACAGGUUGAAGAGCAUGAUGUUGUAAGCAACGAUUCUUCUAAUGAAACUGUUGGUGAGGUUCAGCUUCUCUUUCAGAAACAGGAAAUUCACGAGUUUCAUUUACUAAUAAGUAAGACUAACAAAAAAAGAUCAAAGCACAAGCCAUUGUUUCAUAAUUUCUCAGAGUUCAUGGAAAAAUUGAUGGAGCUAGCAAAUGAGAGAGGUUUCUUGUACGACGAGUCAACACAGGACGGGACUGUUGAGGCCGGGUCGAUGAUUAUGGAUCUUUUGACUUGGUUGUCAGCCUUCUCUGUGUGCAAAAUUAGGUGUUUAAGAUACACCGCAACCCUCAUAAUGUACCUGUUCGAGGAUUACCUCACAGCAUUAACGUCAGAUCUGGAAACCAGCUAUUUAGUCAAGCUAAGGAAGCAGUUAUCAAAAGAACAAAACAAAAAAAGAAAAAAUUCGAAAGCUAUUGAGAAGCUAGAAAAGUCUAUUACCGAGAUACAAGAUUCCAAAACAAUUGUUGAAGAUUGCAUCGAUAACAUCAUCAAAUUGGCAUUCGUCCAUCGAUUUAAAGAUGUUGAUGAAGACAUUAGAACAGAGUCUAUUGUUCAUUUGGCAGUUUGGCUAGAGAAUUAUCCAGAGUACUUCUUCAAGGUAACCUUUCUAAAGUAUUUUGGUUGGUUACUGUCAGAUUCCUGCUCAAAUGUUCGGCUUCAUGUUCUUAAAGCAUUGCUAGAGAUUGUGAAUUUCAACAAUAGGCGCAACAAGCAUAACACCAGUAAUUCUGCAUGGCGUCAAUUCUUUGAAAGAUUCAAACAAAGGAUACUUGAUAUAUCACUCAAGGACAUUGAUCUACAAGUGAGAUUAUGCGCGGUUCGGUUGUUAGUUGAGAUCAAUUCAUUUGGCUAUCUCGAAAGGCAGGAAAUUUUGACAAUUUCAAGUCUAAUAUUUGACAGUCACAAAAUGAAGUUAUCUUCGACAGCCAAAAAUGUUAAGUUCCUGAAUGCUGUUGCCAAAUUCUUUGCUCACGUUGAGAAAGAUGAGGUUAGUCAAUUUUUAAAGUCUAGCGUCCUUGUCAAUGAAACAAGGUUACCUUCCCAAGAUGUCAUUGAAGCGGGACUCUUUUUGAGAUUCUUAGUCACAUCCUUGGCGACCCAUUUACAAAAUAAGAAGCAGCCCGUUGGUGUGGCUGAGCGGACCCACUUGCUUUUUCAGGCUGCUGAAUUUCUGCAGCCUUAUUUCGUUCGAAUGAUUCAACCAAUGUGCGAUUUGUUAACCUUUGACGGCGAUCUCGAAUCGAUAAGGAUUGACAAUGAAGCUGAAGGUGAGAAAUCGAACUUAUUACUUCCUUUAGACGAAAACAGUAUCAUUCAAUAUAUCGUGGUCUUAAACGGUUUGUGUCAUGGGGGUAUCGAGAUGAAUAGAUCACAAAAUAAAAAAGACACAGCUGAAGCAAUAAUUCCUAACUUAGAAAAACUAUUUUUGAGACUUCCAACUCAAUCAGAUGUUGUAACUUACCAUCUUUUUAGUGUGUUUCAAAUGUUUAGUUUUGAGGAUUGGAUCACCAGUAACCAAGAGACUGCAUUCCUCAAUAUUUCCGAGACUAUAAUCAAGAGCUUUGUUAACACUCAGUUUACAAACAAUGAACAAGAUCAAAGGAGAAUGGCUUAUACCGAGAUUAUAGCUUAUUUUCAGAGAAUUAACUUACCAAAUAUUAAUGAAAUGUGGAAAUUGGAAGAAGUCCACAUUCGAAUUCCUUUGCAAAAAUUUUUAGAGCUACGAUUCGAUGACCCACAUAGUAUUGAUUGGAACGAGACUAUUAUUGGUUUGUAUGACGCUUAUAUCAAUAAGCUAGUGCUGCUCGGAAAGAUCACACGUCUAGAAUUCAAUGUCGAGUUUCUCGAAUUGUUCUUUUCAAAGUUUCUCGCUCAGCUACCGCAAGGUAUCAAUUCCCUAGAAAAAGAGGCUCUGCAAGCAAUCGAUUUCAGAUUUCUGGUCUUAUUAGUCGCCUGGAAUUUGCAAUCGUGGUGUGAGAUCUUCAAUAGUCGAAAAGAGCCCACAGCAGUGUCAAGAACUGUAUUGGACGAAAAUUCUUUCAUCAUCAAACAAAUUUCUACCUGUUUGACUUUGAUGAAGCAUUCCGAUGCGAACACGCCGCCUUCAAGUCGGUUUUACUUAGAGUGGAAAAUGUGCAGUGCUCUUGCUGACAUAGUUACCGCCUCUAAAAUAUUUGAACUAAAGCUGCCUGACAAGGAAUCGGAGUGGAAAGUUGUUAUUAGACAAAGGUAUCUCGCGCUUUUGAAUUCAGAAAUCUCCGAUGUAUUCCUAGACGUGUUUUUGUUCCUUGAAAGCGUUUUUGCCAAGAACAACAACAUUGAUCUUGAUCGGUUCCACAGUGAAGAUGUAAAUUUUAAUAAUAUCAAUGAUUCAAACAUUGAAAAUGCGGAACAAGAACUACACAUCUUCGCUGUGAAAAUUAAGAGCUUAUUGAAAUUAGGUGCCGUGGAGGAUAAACAGAUUGCACAAAGAAUUGAACAGAGAAUAGCUUUGAACAAAAAGGUUUUAGGGCAAGCGUAUGAAAGUAUUAUCAAUGAAACCGCUUUCCAAUCAUCGGAGGGAGAUCUUGUAGCAUCCCAUUCAAAAGCAGAUGAUGAGCACAUUGGGAAAGAUAACGAACUUGACGAUGAUGAAGAGAUUGAGCCCAUUGACGAGGAUUCAGAAAUCAUGGGUAACAGUCCACACUCAAAUAAACCAACUGCACCGCUUUCAUUGCAGAGGUAUAGCUCAGAAAUUUAG